CAGAGUCAUAAUGAAAACACAAAUAUAUUGACCGCAGUUAUUGAGCAACGGCAUAUCCUUAACAGACUAUCUUAAAGAAUGGUCAGACAAUAGGCUAUUAGUUAUAGUUAAACUGUUUGAUACUUUUUAAUAUUUGAUACUUUUUAAUAACGUAUAUUAGCAAAGUGAAUACUUUCAGACUGAAAGUUUGGGUCCAUGGAUAAGUCGAAGAACUUUCGAAUUGAUGCUCUGUUGUCAGAGAGCUCUCAGCGGAUACGGGAGGAUUCACCGGGACUGUGUAAUGACGGCACUGACAUUGAGUCCAUGACAUGCAGAUUGUCAGAAGACUCUCCUCCUCGAGCUUUUCAGCUUCAGACAGGGGUCAUACCCAAUAACAUGCUAAAUAUUUCUCAUCCAGGAUUACCGUCUCUUUCUCAAGGGUCUAUGCCACGAAUGUAUCCCUCACCUAUGUACUCCAUCACGGCACUUGGUGCGCAGCACCACACCUUCGCGUAUUCUGGUUUCGCGCAACCGUACCCGGAGCACCUGAAAGCUGCAGCCGUGGCCGGCUCAUUCCCAUUAGAACACUGGCUCCGGGCAGGGCUCAUAAUGCCUCGCCUCGCAGAAUACAGCGGGGCACCUCAGUCAGGUCUGAUUGGUAAAUGUCGGAGACCACGCACAGCUUUCACCAGUCAGCAACUACUAGAGCUGGAGAAUCAGUUCAAACACAACAAGUACCUAUCACGACCCAAACGCUUUGAAGUGGCCACAUCUCUUAUGCUGACUGAGACACAGGUCAAGAUUUGGUUCCAGAACCGACGCAUGAAGUGGAAACGCAGCCGCAAAGCUAAAGACCAAGCCGCACAGAUGGAGACAGGCAAGAGAGGAAACAAGCCAAAAGACCUCAGUAACUGCAGUGCACAUGAUGAGGAUGAGGAUCUGGAUGCAGAGGAUGAAGAUGAUGAAGAAGAGGAAGAAUUCAGAAAAUCUGUUAACGUAGGUGUGAGUCUACCUCGCCCCUCAGACUUUCUGCAGCACAGCACAGAGUUGAGUUACAGCUCGCAUGGCUCUUACUCUGAUGAUGACCUCGAAGAGAUUGGAGGAGACAGAAAGAUCAGACUGGGGUUAUGAGGAACUGAUGGCUGCUAUAUCAAUUAAUUAAUUGGACAGCUAACUACAUCUAGGUUUUACAACCUUGUUGAUGUCAAAACUAUCCCUUAGACCCCAUGAGUUUAUUGUCCAUGACACAUUCUAUAAUGAAUAUUGACAGGACAUUUAGAGUCAUAAAACCAGUUAUGGCAUUCUGAAGUAAUUAUUGAAAAUGGUCUUCCAGUUUA